AUGGCAGGAUGCCACUGCCGUACUUUCCCUUCCGUCACUCCUCGCCACACUUCUGCUUCUGCAGAAACCAGCUGCAUUCAUUUGAUGCGGAGCAGAGCCCGCAGGGCCGCCCGGGGCAUGGCCCAGAGUGUGGUCUAUGCCGACCUGAAGUUCGCGGCGCGGCCACCGUCCACCGCGCCCGACGACAACGACGACAGUCCCUACGAGAACGUGUCACCGCUGGGGCUGGUGACAGCAGAGCCCAACCCAGGGCGCUGGAGCCGGCCGUGGCGCGUCCCCACAGCGCUGCUGGUAGCCAGCCUGUUCCUGUUGCUGCUGCUGCUGGUGGCCGUGGUGGCCCUGGGCGUUUGCCACUGGCAGGUCACCCGCAGCCUGCAGGACUCCUCCCGUGAGCACAAGGCCGAGCAGGGCCGCCUGUCGCAGGAGCUGAGGGUGAAGGAGCAGAGCCUGGAGCAGACCCAGCUGGAGCUGGCGUGGGCCAGAGAGGAGCUGCAGCGCGCGUGGCACGAGGGCAACGUCAGCCAGCUGGAGCUGGACAGGCUGAGCCUGGAGCUGCGCCGCGUCACGGGGGUGCUGGGCAGGACGGAGAGGGAGAUGCAGGAGGUGCAGGCGAGGCUCAACAGCAGCGAGAGGGCCGUGAGCAGCCUGCGUGCCUGCGUGAACACAGACUGCUGCCCCUGGGGCUGGGUACUCUUCAAGAGCAAGUGCCUCUACAUCUCGGUGACAAACAAGACCUGGGAGCAGAGCAGGAACGACUGUGAAGGGAGAUCUGCUCAGCUGCUGGUCCAGGAUGAGUGGUCACCACUGACAGUGCCGUAUUUGGUGCAUGCAUCUAAGGCGUACUACUGGAUUGGAGGAAAACCUCCUUAUGUGGCAAGGAGAUCUAUGUGGAUGGAGAGCAAACAUCCCUCGAAACGCCAUUCUCCAGACUGCUGGUCACUAAUCCUCGGGGAAAUGUGGAAUCAGCCAUGUAACAAACCCUACCCAUGGAUCUGCGAGAAAUCCCCAAAUCUGAGCCGUGUACCUGAGCUUCCUCCUCUUUUUCUGGGCGAGGACUGA